AUGUUUGGCCGCAAACAGGUCCCAGAAGCUCAAAGGCAACCUUCCUCACAGCCACCCUCUCGUAGCCCAUACAGCCGCCUACCUCCAGACAAUGCAGACAGAUACGGCGGUGGAUCUUAUGGACGACCUCAACCCUCCUCACAACCUCAGUCAUACAACCCACCGCCAUCGGAGAAGCACGAUUCCUCCCGCGGGCAUGCUAGAACCGCAUCACGCAGUCGGUCCUGGCAGCUCCAACCUACCAAAUCUCCGAAGCCUCAAUUUCAUUUCUACAACAUGGUACCCGUAUCACCCUUCGACUUUCCUCUCGAACAAUUCAAUCCCCAAGGGUUCUACAUUGCCAUAAACGACUUUGUGUUUACAGCCAAGCAGGAUGAGGGCUUUCAACAAGGAUACGUCGGACUGUCAGAUUUUCAAAGAUCAUGGGCCGGCAUUGCUCUGUCCGAUACACUUUUCGUCACACCAUUUGAUCCGUUCCAAGAGGGGCAACACCAUUUCCUUGGCUCUCUAGACGCAGAAAUCUCGUUCGCUGGCAGAAGAGAAACGGACGUGCCGUUCGAUCAAGAUGAGUUACAAACUGCAUUUACAAGGAUGUAUGAGAAUCAGGUGCUCGCGCCAGGCGAGCGGAUUUUGAUGGAUUGGAAGAGUCUGCCAAUAUUGCUGGUGGUGAAAGCUGUUCAGCUUACGGACCUAUCUAUGAACAAGCAGUCAGCCGGUGCCCAGCCGACAACAUCUGACCCUCGCGUACGAGGUAUACUUACGAACCAGAGUCAGAUGGGCUUCUUUAAGGACCCAAAGUCAAAGGUCAAUCUGAAGGCUUCGAAGAAAAGGGCCGCUGGAAACGCUAUCCUGACUCCGGAUUUCAAGUUCGAAGACAUGGGUAUAGGUGGUUUAGACAAGGAAUUCAGUGCUAUCUUCAGAAGAGCUUUCGCAUCGCGUAUAUUUCCGCCUGGGCUGAUAGAAGCGAUGGGCAUCCAGCAUGUGAAAGGGAUAUUGCUCUUCGGUCCUCCAGGGACAGGCAAGACGCUCAUCGCUAGAAGGAUCGGAAAAAUGCUCAACGCACGAGAGCCAAAAGUUAUCAACGGUCCUGAAGUCUUAAAUAAAUUCGUUGGACAGUCAGAAGAGAACGUCAGGAAGCUCUUCGCUGACGCAGAAAAGGAAUACAAAGAGAAGGGGGACGAGAGUGGUCUACAUAUCAUUAUAUUCGACGAGCUUGACGCGGUAUGCAAGCAGAGAGGAAGCGGAGCUGGUGGUGGCACCGGAGUAGGAGACAGUGUGGUCAAUCAGCUCUUGUCAAAGCUUGAUGGUGUGGAUCAGCUGAACAACAUUCUUCUGAUCGGCAUGACAAACCGAUUGGACAUGAUUGACGAUGCAUUGCUGAGACCAGGUCGUUUAGAGGUUCACAUGGAGAUUUCCCUACCAGACGAGAGCGGUCGUGUUCAGAUUCUCAAGAUCCAUACGGCUAAGAUGAGAGACAGCGGCAACCUUGAUCGUGAUGUUGACUUGGUCGAACUUGCCGCCAGGACUAAGAACUUUUCAGGUGCUGAGAUCUCUGGCCUUGUUAGAUCGGCUACGUCUUUUGCGUUACAGCGGCAUGUGAAAGUAGGCACAAUGGCAGGUGUUUCCGACGAUCUGGACACUCUGACUGUCAAUUUGGAUGACUUCGAGCAUGCAUUUGAGGACGUCAAACCUGCUUUUGGCGUGGCCGAGGAUGAAAUGGAAACUCUAUUCCGUGGUGGCAUCAUACAGUUCUCUCCUUUUAUCAACGACAUUGUCGACGCCGGCCGAUUGAUAGUGAAGCAGGUACAGGAUCAAGACUCUGCACCCCGCUUUCGAGCUCUGCUUUGGGGUCCUCCAGGCAGUGGAAAGACGGCUUUAGCCGCCAAGUUAGCUUUGGACAGCAGCUUUCCUUUUAUCAAAUUGAUUACCCCGGACAACAUGAUUGGCUUCAGCGAAACUAUGAAGACCAAUCACAUGCGGCAGAUCUUUGAAGACGCCUACAAAUCACCGCUCAGUAUUGUACUCAUCGAUAAUAUUGAGAGCAUCAUUGAGUGGGUACGGAUUGGUCCACGCUUCAGCAAUCCAGUCCUCCAGGCUUUAAAGGCAAUGCUCAACAAACAGCCACCCAAGAAUCAUCGUCUGCUCGUAUUAGCGACUGCAACAGAACGUCACGUCUUACAGGAGCUCAAUCUGUACCAGUCUUUCGACCAAAAGAUCGCAGUGCCAACAGUGAACAGCCACGAAGAGCUUGAAUUCAUUCUCGAGCAAUCUCACGUGUUCAAGAACCCCACUGCUGCGACGAAAGAGCUUCGAGAGAUUACCAGAAGCGACUCUGUUGGUGUUGGUAUCAAAUCGAUCUUGUUGGCUAUUGAUACCGCCAAGCAGGACGAUGACAGAGAGGGCCGUCUGGCAUCAACGCUGGCAAGCCUGAAAUCAGAGGCUGAAUACUUGUGA